AUGGGAGUGAAAAGAUUAAAUUUAUCUGAUUUGGCUUUAAAAAUCAACAUUGAUAGAGUUGUUUGUGAAGUUCUUUUGCAAAUUCUUUUUUAUACGCCCACGCAUAAACAUUUAAAUUCAGUGACAAUUCCAAUAUCGAAAUAUGACGAAGAAAGUGAAUUAAAUGAUUUAAGCAUGACAAAUAUCAGAAAGGAAGACGACGACGUUGACAACAACAACAUGAAAAAUCUUCUCAACCAGCGCAACAACAAAUGUUUAAUGUCUUUAAUGUCGCAAAGGUCUUGUUAUUCAUUGCCCAAUCAUUGA